CACCUUUUCCCCUCCUCCUUGUAUCUGCUGCUUUGUAUCCUUUCAUGUUCUCGUAUAACCAGAGUUCUACUCCUUCCGGAAGGCAGUGGAUCGCCCUUUCGACUCAAUCCGUUGGUAUUGGGCAAGGCGGCACUGUCUCCAUGAUAGCUCGCGUUUCCUUGGUCGACUACCGGGGAAGAGCGAUCAUUGAUACAUACAUCCGGCCCACCGCUCCUGUGGCGUCGUAUCGGACUCCACAGACAGGGAUUGAGCCUCAUCACCUAGAGAAUGGAAUCCCUUUCAAUCAAGCGCGCGACUUUGUCGCUUCAGCCAUCGGUGGGAAAAUACUCGUUGGCCAUUCACUGUGGCAGGAUCUUCAUGUCCUGGGCCUGACUCACCCGGCGAUUGAUACUCGAGACUUGGGUCUCUUCCUCCCUUUCCGAGUGACACUCAGGAAUCUGAACAACAUAAUUGGCCUUCAAACACUAAUGCACCAAUUGAUGAGAAGACAGAUUACUGUUUCUGUCCAAGACAGUGUAGGUUACCCCUUGUGUCAAGAACCAUGAUUGUUCCUGACCGUUUAGGUUCAACGCCAGUUAGAGAGUGCUCGGGCCAUUAUGGACCUUUUCAGGUCUGUACAAGACGAAUGGGAAUUAUGUGUGGAUGGGAACGAGUGGCCGUGUGCGCUUCCUCCUGCACAAUUCUCCCGCUGCUAUUCCUGAUUGAGCUCUCU